UUUUUCCUUCCGCACCACGCAGCAGCACUGACGAAGGUGGCAAACCUGAAGGAGUGAGGUACAGAACACACGCGCGCCCCACGGUUUACAGUUAGCCAUCGCAUCUCUGCCAAUCGCCAUGCUCGCCUACCUCCUCCACGCGCCCGCCGCCGCCGCGCCCAGCCCGCUCGCCCUCCGCGGGCCGCCGACCGCCGCGUCCAAGACCCCCUUCCUCCCGCCCUCCGUCGCCCGCCCGCACAGGCGCGCCGCCGCGGCGGGCGCCUUCUCCGCCGCCGCCGUCGGCCCCAUCGCGGCCUCGCUGCUCGAGGGCCCCGUGCUGCUCUGGGCCGGCCGCCUCUGCGUCUACUACGCGCUCAUCCACAUCGGCCUCGCGGGAUCCCCGCGCAGCCCCUUCCUCUCCCACGAGAUUCGAGGCGAGGACGGCGCCGGGGAGAGCGACCUAGGGUUCUCCAAGUGGGCCGACAAGCUCCGUGGCGGCGCACCAGGCGACAAAGAAGGCCAGGAUAAGUGGAAGCUAGUCAGCAAAUGGAAACCCACAACCAAAGGCACACUAAAGAGGAUGUACCGAGUUCCUUCAAAGGAAGAAGGUCGCCGAAUUCUUAAAGAAAUUGCUUUGGUUCUAUCUGAAGAUGACAAUUUUGUGGAUGCUUCCACUCACAAGGGUUGUCAAAUCAGGAGGGAAAGCGCGCAUGGAGAGAGCGUAUGUUGCUACAAUGUAAGAGCCUUGUUUGAUGAGCUUCCUGGCCCUCACCUAGUUCUGGAGAUUACACCUUUUCCUGUUGGAACCCUCACUGAGAGUGACUACCGCAAGGCCGAGAGGCUUGAAAUGGUGCUGAGGAUGAGUGCCUCCCUUUAAACCAGAAGAGCCAUUUUCCACUUCCACCUCAUAACUCCUUUUUGCCCAGAUUGUAAAUUGUCUACCAUUGGGUCUGUAAAUUGAUGUUGUGUCGCUAGAAACUCUCCUUUAAACCUGAGUUCUGCUCAGCAUUUUGAGAUAUUUGAGGCCAGAACUCUUUUGUUUUUUGUACUCACCGGCCUUCCAUAUUGAGGGCAGAAUUUCCAUUUGCCAGUAACUAAUAUGCAAGCAAUUUUUUCCUA